CUAUGACAAUCUUCAAGAAGCACUCGCUUCGCGCGGGUAACACAACACGGACAAGAGCUUCUGAGCUCACGCUCAAGCAAUCGAUCUACCCAUUGGCAUUGCACUUCCAAAACACACUUGGCAUCACAAAGGCACGAUCCAGCGGUCUGCAAGCCGCGUAUUUUGGAGCGUAUCCGCUCGCCUCCCUUGGCCACGCAAAUUGGCUUCUGCGCCAUUACGGAUUCAAGAUCGUCUUCAUCUGGGGUCUUUUUUUAUAUGGAGUGGGCGCCCUCAUUGCAUGGCCGUGCAUCCUGUAUCGAUCCUUCGGCGGCUUCUGUGCGGCAACCUUCAUCAUCGGAAAUGGUCUCGGCUCGCUGGAAACGGCUGCAAAUCCAUACAUCACGAUUUGUGGACCUCCCAGAUAUUCUGAGCUCAGAAUCAACUUUUCGCAGGCAUUCAAUGGUAUUGGCACCGUCGUAGCUCCAGUCCUGGGAUCCUAUGUCUUCUUCAAGGAUACUGGAGAUAACACAGACUCCCUCAAGAGCGUGCAGUGGGUCUAUCUAGCCAUCGCUUGCUUCGUCUUCCUGCUCGCGGUAGUGUUCUACUUCAUUACCCGAAAUUACGGAUGCAGACAUGGCAUUCCAAGCCGAAGAAACCCACGCCAAUGCUGCCGUCAAACCAUUCUGGCAGCAAUAUCGCCUGUUCCAUGCCGCUUUUGCUCAAUUCUGCUACACAGGAGCACAAGUUGCGAUCGCGAGCUACUUCAUCAAUUAUGUUGCCGAAACGACAGACUACAACGACUCCCAAGCAGCCCAGCUACUCGCAGGUGCUCAAGGAGCUUUCACCGCCGGUCGCUUCGCUGGAGUCUUCAUCAUGAAAUAUGUCAAAGCUCGCUGGGUCUUCCUAGCUUAUCUCAGUUUGGCCAUCGUAUUCAUCUCGCCGUCGAUUGGUGUGCACGGAAACGCAGGAAUUGCAAUGCUAUACCUUACCCUCUUCUUCGAAUCUAUCAUCUUCCCAACCAUCGUCGCGCUGGGAAUGCGUGGCCUAGGAAAAUACUCCAAACGCGGCUCUGGUUUCAUCGUCGGAGGAGUCGCCGGCGGAGCCGUUGUGCCUCCAGCUCUAGGAGGAGCAGCAGACGCCUCGUCCACCGCCCACGCCAUGUCCGUCCCUCUAGCCUUCUUCGUCCUCGCCUGGUCUUACUGCUUCGCCGUAAACUACAUUCCAGCAUACAGAGAUCCCAUUGAUAUGCUCGGCCAAGCAGAUAUCGGAUUGAGAGACAACCCGACCAUUAGCGAUGAGGAGAAACUCGGGAACAGCGACAGAGAAGCAGAGGUCGGCAAGAACGAGGUCGUGCAUCAUGAAUCGGCCACGCCAGAAGUCACUGAGACGAAGAGGUAA